AUGGCAUCUAAAUUUAUAAAAAUUAGGAGCCAAGUUGUAGAGAUAUGUGAAGGAUUGCCACACUCAAUUCUUGUAGUUGCAAAACGUCUAUCUAAGUGUGACAACAUACAACAAGAAUGGAAGAAGGUUGAAAAGGAAAUAGAGUUGAUUGGAGUUCUAGAUAGCAGAGCACUCACCCUCACUUACCAUCAAUUGCCACAACAUUUGAAAGUUUGCUUUCUAUAUUUUGGAGUUUUUCCAAAACGUAGUGCAAUCAAAGUGGAACUACUUAUUAGGUUAUGGAUUGAUGAGGGAUUUAUUGAGCCUUUGGAGAAUAAAGGGUUAGAAAAUCAAGCUUAUGAGUAUUUAGAAGAGUUUAUUAAUAGAAGUCUUGUUCUAAUUGACAAUUGGAGUUUUGGUGGAAAAAUUAAGAGUUGUAGGAUGCAUAGUGCUUUCCAUAGCUUUUGCGUAAGAGCAGCUCAGAAAGAGGGCAUUUUAUGUGCUUUAAAUACUCGGCAACUUCCACGAGGGUCAUUUAGCAUGUUUGCAAAUUCAUGCCGCUGGUUAAGUUUAUACACACAUAAAUUUGACUAUUAUGUGUUGUUAAAAACAAACAACCCUCGUUCCAUUUUCUUCUUUCAAGAAGAUGCAGAAAUAUUUGUAUCUUUCAAGUUGCUUAGAGUUUUGGCUUUUGUUCCAUCUUCAUUUCUUCAAAGAGUGCCAACACGCUUACAGGAUUUAGUUUUUUUGAGAUACCUAUCUGUAUCUGAAUGGUUUGAGGGUCUUGAGUAUGUAGUGUCAACCAAUCGAAAUUUGCAGACACUUGUUGUUUCUGGUAAUGAAUCCAAACUUGGAGCCCCUCCGCCUCUCCAUUUGCCUUGUACAAUUUGGGAGUCACCCCAGUUACAACAUAUUGAACUUGACAAAUCUUAUGUGAUUGAUCCUCCAAGCAUGGAUAAAGAUAAUAUGCAAACAUUAUCUUGGGUGUGUCCAACUCAUUGCAAAACAGGAGUCUAUUGCAGGUUUCCAAACAUUAAAAAUUUGAAAAUCUUUGUUUCUGGCAGCAAUCCAAUUAUUUUGGAUAAUGUUGAAUGUUUGGAGAGACUUGAGAGGCUAACAAUGUCAGUUUCGUUAAGCCAUGUUGUAACCCUUCCAAAACCAUCUGUGUUUCCUUCACAACUACAGAAGUUGAGCUUGAAUGGUAUUAACCUGUCGGAGAGGGAUUUAAAGGUAAUUGGCACGUUACCUAAGUUUGAAGUUCUCAAAUUGAAAAAUGUCUUUCAUGGGAAAGUAUGGGAAGUAGAAAAAGGAGGAUUUUAUAGUUUAGACUUCUUGCUUCUUGAAGAUAAAACGCUCAAGCAAUGGAGAGCUGAUGCGUAUUAUUCAUUUUGUUAUCUUAAGCGCUUAGUCCUAAGAUUUUGUUAUUGUUUGGAAAAAAUUCCUUAUAUGAGACGUCAUUCGUUGAAGUCUAUUGAGUUGCAGCAGUGUUGUCCUUCCGUUGUUACUUCUGCAAAGGAUAUCCAACGAUUUAAAAGGGAAACUAGAGAAGGAACUUUUAAGGCAACAUUGUCUUCCACUAAAACUGCUUCUGGAAAUUCUGAGUUCGUACAGAUCUAG